AUGCGCCGGCACCGGGCACCGCUGCUCUUCCUGUUGCUGUUGGCCGGCUGCCUGGCGACCCUGGGCCGGAACCAGGAGGAGCGGCUGCUGGCAGACCUGAUGCGUGACUAUGAUCCCCACCUGCGGCCAGCCGAGCACGACUCCAACGUGGUGAACGUCAGCCUGAAGCUCACCCUCACCAACCUCAUCUCCCUGAACGAGCGCGAGGAGGCGCUCACCACCAACGUCUGGAUAGAGAUGCAGUGGUGCGACUACCGCCUGCGCUGGGACCCACAAGACUACGAAGGCCUGUGGGUGCUGCGGGUGCCGUCCACCAUGGUGUGGAGGCCGGACAUCGUGCUAGAGAACAACGUGGACGGCGUCUUCGAGGUGGCCCUCUACUGCAACGUGCUCGUGUCCCCCGACGGCUGCAUCUACUGGCUGCCGCCCGCCAUCUUCCGCUCCUCCUGCGCCAUCUCUGUCACCUACUUCCCCUUCGACUGGCAGAACUGCUCCCUCGUCUUCCAGUCCCAGACCUACAGCACCAGUGAGAUCAACUUGCAGCUGAGUCAGGAAGACGGUCAAACCGUUGAGUGGAUUUUCAUCGACCCCGAGGCCUUCACAGAGAAUGGGGAGUGGGCCAUCCGGCACCGGCCUGCCAAGAUGCUGCUGGACACAGCGGCAGCGGCAGCCGAGGAGGCGGGCCCUCAGAAGGUGGUGUUCUACCUGCUGAUCCAGCGCAAGCCCCUCUUCUACGUCAUCAACAUCAUCGCCCCCUGCGUGCUCAUCUCCUCCGUUGCCAUCCUCAUCUACUUUCUGCCUGCCAAGGCGGGCGGCCAGAAGUGCACCGUCGCCAUCAACGUGCUCCUGGCCCAGACUGUCUUCCUCUUCCUUGUGGCCAAGAAGGUGCCCGAGACCUCCCAGGCAGUGCCACUCAUCAGCAAGUACCUGACCUUCCUGCUGGUGGUGACCAUCCUCAUUGUCGUGAACGCCGUGGUCGUGCUCAACGUGUCCUUGCGUUCCCCACACACGCACUCCAUGGCCCGAGGGGUCCGAAAGGUGUUCCUGCGGCUCCUGCCCCAGCUGCUGAGGAUGCAUGCCCGGCACCCGGCCCCAGCGGCCAGGCAGGACGCCCGGCCCCGGCUACAGAACGGCUCUUCUUCGGGGUGGUCGCUCACAGCUGGAGAGGAGGUGGCCCUCUGCCUGCCUCGCAGUGAGCUCCUCUUCCGGCAGCGGCAGCGCAACGGGCUGGUGAGGGCAGCGCUGGAGAAGCUAGAAAAAGGCCCAGGGCCAGGGCAGAGCCAGGAGCUGUGCGGUAGCCUGAAGCAGGCAGCACCGGCCAUCCAGGCCUGCGUGGAUGCCUGCAACCUCAUCGCCCGGGCCCGGCACCAGCAGAGUCACUUUGACAGUGGGAGCGAGGAGUGGUUCCUGGUGGGCCGCGUGCUGGACCGUGUCUGCUUCCUGGCCAUGCUCUCCCUCUUCGUCUGCGGCACCAGUGGCAUCUUCCUCAUGGCCCACUACAACCGGGUGCCCGAGCUGCCUUUCCCUGGAGACCCCCGCCCCUACCUGCCCUCACCAGACUGA